AUGGCAACCGCUCACUGGGGCACACGCAUCUGUCAAAGGAAGAAAUACUACUGCUGCUGGGUUGGCGGAGCUGCUUUGCUCAACUAUGACGAUGAUAUACGUAUGGGUGCUGCUGGUGGCGGUGCUGAUGCUGAUGCUAGUGCUAGUGCUAGUGCUAGUGGU